AUGUCUGUACUACAAUAUAUAACAAGUCAAAGGGGAAAAAAAUUAUUAGUAUACAAAAAUUAUAUUCAUAGACAGGACAGACGAGAUGAAAAUAAAAUAAUUUGGAGGUGCAAUGGAAAUCAAAAGUGCCUAGGACGGGUCCAUGUAUCAGAAAAUGAUAUUGUAUUGAAAUAUGUAGACCAUAGUCAUUUAUCAGACGUUGCUAAAAUUCAAGCAAAGAAAACAGUCGAAGAAAUAAAAACUCUUGCUAAAGAAAACAGUUUAACAACUCGUGCCAUUCUUGGAGAAGGCUCUUCACAGUUACCUGCUGCAGUAUCAGCCCAACUACCGAACCCGAGAGCUUUAAAAAGAACAAUACAGCGAGUACCCCAAAUUAAACAAAUUGCUCCAGCCAACCCAAAUUCUUUACGUUUCGAAAUACCAGAUUCAUUUAAAAAAACAUUAUGUGGAGAGCAGUUUCUUUUUUUUGACAGUGCUGAUUCCGGAAAUUUUGAAGACCUAAUUUUAAUUUUUUCGACAUGGAAAAAUUUAGAACUUCUAACAUAUUCGAAACACUGGUUUGCUGACGGUAUAUUUUCAUCAUGUCCCAAUUUAUUUUACCAAUUAUAUACGAUACAUACAAUUCAGUUUUCUAAUGUCAUACCGUUGGUAUAUAUUUUGUUACCGGAAAAAAAAGAAAACACUUAUACUACAAUGUUCCGUAAUUUAAAAUUAAUAAAACCAGAUUUAAAUCCAUCUUCAAUUUUGAUUGACUUCGAAAAAGCAGUGAUGAAUUCUAUUAAAACUGAAUUUCCUCAAAAGAAAAUUCAAGGCUGUUUUUUCCAUUCAAGUCAAGCCUUAUGGAGGCAUAUUCAAGAAUAUGGUUUACAAACUCAAUAUUGUAACGACCCUGUAUUUGCUCUGGAGUUGAAGAAAUUGGCUGCUCUCCCUUUCGUUCCAAUAGAAAAGGUAAUAGAAUACUUUGAAGGUCUUUUAGAAAAUUAA